AUGUCGGACAGGAGUAGGGACAGUGCCGCUGGCGAAGAAAGGGCGCCAAUAGACAAGCUUACUGUGGUUGAUAGCCGCACCUCUUUGUCCUACGACAUCCCAAUUAUCAACAAUGCCGUCAAGGCUACGGAUUUCAGGAGGAUAUCGGCCCAAGAACCCACUGCAAGCCCUCUUGAACGGGGGGCAGCAGGGUUAAAGAUUUUGGAUCCUGGGUUCCAGAAUACCGCCGUCGCCGAGUCCUCAAUUACCUACAUAGACGGAGUGAAGGGAACAAUCCAGUACCGGAACUAUAUGCUGGAUGAACUGAUCGAAAAACAUGACUUCGAUGAUGUAUCCUUUUUACUCGUGUGGAACCAUCUACCGUCAAGGGAAAAGAAGCUUGAUUAUCGUACAAAACUUGCCGGUAGGAUGAAUCCACCACAGUCCGUGGCCGAUACCGUGAAAUGUUUCCCACGCAAUGCCCCAUACCACUUGAUAUUCGUGGCCGGCUUAACGGCCUGGGCUGCGACGAACCCAACCACGAUCCCCAUUUACAUGGGUAAAGAGCUUUAUCUGGGCAAAAUGGAUGCCGUUGAUGAAGGCGUUCUUCGCACGAUGGCCGCCUCCAUCGGCUUAACAGCCCUAAUUUACUGCCAUUACGAAGGGCGGGAGAUCAGCCCCUCCGACCCGAAUGCCUCAUUGGCAGAGAAUAUUCUCCUGAUGAUGGGAGUCGUCGACCAAACAACCAAGUUGCCUGAUCCCAAAAUGGUGCGCAUCUUGAAUAGUCUUUGGAUUGUGUACGGAGACCAUGAGAUGACGAACUCAACUGCAGCGAGUCUCCAUGUUGGGUCUGGGCUAGCCGAUCCCAUGAGCUGCGUCAGUGCCGCUGCGUGUUCGCUCUCUGGCCCUCUGCAUGGGGGAGCAAUUGAUCUCGCAUACAAGGCCUUUGAGCGCAUCGGCAAGAAGGAGAAUGUGCCGCAGGCGAUAGAAGAUGUUAAAGCAAAAAAGUUCCGGCUUUCAGGCUAUGGGCACCGGAUCUACAAAACAGUCGAUCCUCGUGUCAAACACCUGAAGAAGGCACUGGAAGAAUUAUCAGGCAACAUUGCUGGGAAUUCCCACUUGUCCGUCGCGUUGGAGAUUGACCGAAUUGCUUCCCAAGACCCUUACUUCUCUUCUCGAAACUUGAACACCAAUGCCGAUCUCUACGGAUGCUUUGUGUUUUCUGCCAUGGGGUUUAAACCCGAGAUUGUGACGGCCCUGAUGCUGGGGGGGCGAGUAAGCGGUGUUUUAGCUCAUUGGCGUGAACAGAUGGGGAAACCUACCACUCUAUGGCGGCCGCUCCAAAUUUUCACAGGCGAAAGGGCCAAGUUGUGAUUAGUCCUUGACAAUGCCCGCGGACACCUACCAUAUACGUAACUUAGCUAUAUUUGAUAAUAUAUAAUGAGAG